GCAGUAAUAAUAGGAAUGGAUUCGGAAUCGGAAAUGGAUUGGUUUUUCCCACUUGUGCCCUGUGGCAAGGACUCGGAAAUGCCUUUGGGGAAGCAGAUUAAAAGCGAAAUAAAAUUAGAGCAGGAACAAAUAACGGAGACAACGUUUUACGGGAUGCCAACGGAACAGAUUUAUCAUGAGGAAGUGGGUGCAGUUUUCGAAAGCGCCGAGGAAAUUGGUGAAAUGAGUCAACUGCAGCUGGAUGAUAAGCAAUUCGUUGGGCAAUAUGAAUCUCAAAUCUCUGAUGCAUUAAAUGAUCAUAAUUAUACGUCACAAGAAAUCGUAUUAAGUCAACCCAAAUUGGGCAGUGUUAAAGAUAUGCUCCUGAGUUACAUUGCACCAAGCAAAGCAUCCUUUGAAUCGGUGCCAACAAAUGUCACUAAUUUCAUUGAUAACACAAUCAAUAAAAUGCAAAUUUUACAAUUUGAAAAUAUUGGGAAACAUGAAACAGUGCAUGAAGAGGCCUCGCCGACGGAUACAAUUCGAACAAUGCUGCCGGAGAAUUGCUCGGAGCCCUUAGAAGUGGAGGUCAACGAUGAGUAUUUUGAGAUCCUUUAUAAGAACACGGGAGAAAAUGAAGUUCCUCUAAAUACGCUUCUCACGAAUACAACCCAAUUUGCAAAGGAUUUCUAUAACGAAUGCAAGUCACUGGCAUCAAAAACUGAAGAAGAAUUUAAAGUAUUUAUAAACGAUAAAAUUAAUAAAUUAAGGACAGUUGCCAAUAUUGUGAACAGGACAGAUAAAUGUGUGCAAACACUUCCGAAAGGCUCUAGCAAAAAGAGGCAUCGAAUAAAUCAUCGGGCGAAACGGAAUCUUUUAGAUACAUCCUCAGAUUCCAGCAGUGAUAGUUGUGGCGACCAAAAGUUGGAGUUGUUUAAUGAGAGCAAUAAUAAUGUGGAUCGAGUUCAGUGCUCAAAGAAUGAUAUCAAACUGAAUAAGGAAUUGGAAUACAGCGAUGGUAUUGAUCUUAGCAAAUAUAUUAAAUUAGAUAUACAAAAUAGGAAAUUUCGACAAAUGUCCUGCGAACCUGCCAAUGAUGGAUCGAAUUCUUGUACAUCUGGCGAUAAUACGGAUAAAGAAAUCGAUAGGCUUACCAAUUUAAAUGGUCUGAAGAAGCGUCAUCAAGCUAAUAGACGUGCUUUGCCCAAGGAUAAAAACAAACUGAAAACUUUAAUUAUGAAAAAUACAAAUGCUCCAAAUGAAUUGGACGAGGAUUUGGAAAUGUCGGACACUGAUAAUAGUUUCAAAGAAAGUGACGACGAAGUUAUAACGGAGAAUCAGUAUUUAUCCCGAUUUAAUGAGCAAAUUAAAAUGCAAUUGUUAAAUGAGUCAAAUAGUGACUCUGGCCUGUCGGAUCAAAGUGACUACAAUCACUCGAAUAAAUCAUCAUCAACAGAUGAUGAAAAUAAAAGGGAUGUUGUUGAUAAGUUUCUGGAAGCUUUUAAAUGCGAACCCGAGGAGCCACUUAAGGAUGAUGGCAUCAACGAGGCCAAAGAAAUUAAGUUUGAGGCGGAAAUAAAGGAAUCGGAUAGUUUGGAUGUGAGUGAUGAAUUGUGGAACGAUAAUUUCAUUCAAAAAAAGCGAUCAAAGAAAUCACUGGAAAAGCUAAUGGCCGAAGCAGAAAAACGCAAUCAACAUGAUGAAAUCGUCCUUAGUUCCGAAAGCGAUUACUCUGACGCAGAGCCGGGACCAGUUGAAGAAAAAACUCGAUUUAUUAAGCCCAUGCUCCGUAUGGAUCAGUUGGCAAAUGAGACGAGAGCUGCUCAAAAAUCAGAAAGUGAGCGAAUUCGACGAUUGGAUAGGAAACAUUCGGUACUUUCAAAGGCAAUCAAAAAUAUCGGCGGAAAUGGAAACAAAACAUCAAAUCGAUCCGAAUUGAUACUGGACUAUUUAGAAAAAACGAAAACAUUUGUUAAAGUGGACGAGGAUAUUGUUAAACAACUGAAGCCCCAUCAAAUCGAUGGCGUCAAGUUUAUGUAUGAUUCAUGCUACGGCGGAAUUGAUCACGCCAAGAAAAAUACGGGUUCUGGUUGCAUAUUGGCACAUUGCAUGGGCCUCGGCAAAACUCUGCAGUUGAUAGCUUUGCUCCACACCGUCAUUUCCUACAAGGAGCUCAACACAGCAAAAGUUCUGGUGCUCUGUCCAAAGAGCACGGUUAUGAAUUGGGCCGAUGAGUUACAGCGCUGGUUGGGGCCACUAAAAAGUAAAACCAAUAUUAAAGUUUUUGUUUUUCCGGAUUCAUCUGAUAUUUCAGAAAAAUUACGAGUUUUGGAGGAAUGGUCGCACUCAUCGGUCAAAAGGGCUGGUUGCCUGCUGGUUGGAUAUGAAGCUUUCCGAACUCUUGUGUUUUAUCACUCGUAUAAGAAUCGAGGCAACUUAAGCUCAGCGAAAUUAGAGAGUAUUCGAGAGAAAGUAAACAACUAUUUACUGCAGCCAGGUGCGGAUCUUGUCGUUUGCGAUGAAGGCCACAUUAUUAAAAAUAGCAAAUCUGCUAUAAGUAUGGCUGUUGCCCGUAUAAUUACACCAAAGCGAAUUAUUCUAACCGGCACUCCAAUUCAAAAUAAUCUCAAAGAAUAUUAUAGUAUGGUUAAUUUUAUAAAACCUCUAUACCUGGGAACUGAAAAGGAAUUUGCCAAUUUAUAUGCGAAUCCAAUUAAAAAUGGACAGCAUAAGGAUUCAAGCAAAAAGGAUAUCACUGUUAUGAAGCAAAGAUCGUAUGUCUUACACAAAAAACUAUCGAAAUUCGUUCAGAGAAAGGAAGCCGAGUUAUUGAAAACAUUUCUGCCCCAAAAAUUUGAAUAUGUUCUUUUUAUACCUAUGACUGCGGUCCAGAACACUCUGUAUGAAUAUAUCUUAGAAGCAAUAGCCAACCGUGGAGAUAGUCGAGGCAAAAGUCUUAUCACAGACUAUACGGUCCUGAGAAAGAUAUGGACACAUCCCAAAGUGCUGGAAGAUGCGUGGAAGAAUGCAAAUAUGCAAAAAAACAAGAGGGAUAACAAGCGAGUCGGAAAUCCGCAUUCAGACGAUGAUCAGCCUGAUGACAUAUAUGAUAGUCAAACGGGUUCAAUCUCUGUCACUAAUGAUUGGUGGCGAAAAGAUCUUUCAAAAAAAGAUCUAGAGACCAUUAUGCCUAGCAACAAACUACGCACAAUGUUUUCCAUACUUCGUAUGUGCGAAGAGAAGGGUGAAAAAUGCUUAAUCUUUUCUGCCUUUGUUGCUGUACUCAAUGUGGUUGAAUACUUUUUUAAAAAGAUAACAGAAUCGGAUCCUGAAAUAUUGCAACAAAUUCAUAUACCAACAAGCUUUAAGGUCUCUAAUACAUGGAUAAAUGGGCAGGACUAUUAUAGACUGGAUGGCAAAACACCCAAAAAUAUCAGGCAUGAAAUGAUAAAAAGGUUUAACAGUGAAGCCAAUCGGCGAGCUCGCGUCUUUCUAAUAUCUGCCAAAGCCGGGGGACAGGGCAUAAAUCUAAUUGGUGCUAAUCGAGUAAUAAUAUUGGAUACUUCAUGGAAUCCAUCGAACGAUCAACAAAAUAUCUUUCGCAUUUUUCGACUGGGUCAGAAGAAAAACUGUUACAUAUAUCGUUUAAUAGCAAUGGGAACCAUGGAGGAGAAGGUCUACUCGCGAUCCGUCACAAAGCAAGCGAUGAGCUUUCGAGUUGUCGAUGAACAGCAAAUUGACCGGCAUUAUAAUAUGGCAGAAUUGGCUGAACUAUACACAUUAACGUAUCCCAAACAAUGCGAGAGAACAAUGCCCCUUUUACCCAAAGACACAAUAUUGGCGCAUCUAUUGCGGCAAUCGGAGUUGGUUUAUAAAUACCAUGAGCAUGACAGUCUAUUGGAAAAUAAAGUGGAACAAGAAUUGAGUGAGCAAGAAAAAACGGAUGCUUGGGACACUUAUGAAAGGGAAUUGCAAAUGAAUUUGGCCCAACAAGAAGGAUUAAGUGCCGAGAAGAUUCAAAAUUCGAUGCUAACCUCUAAGCUAAAUUCAUAUUUGGGGUCAGUUCCAAGUCUGGACAUGCAAACUCUUUUGAACUACAGUCUGCAAUCUGCGACGCUCGUUCCACAAUACAAUUACGGAUUAAAUCAAACCUAUAUGGACACUUUGAAUAUGUAUCAAAAGUAUACGGCUAUGCGUUAUCCCGAUAUGAAUUCUUGCUUAACCGAUAACAGCUUUGCUUCAUCGCCCUUUGGCGUUCUAAAUGCCCAAAAUCUUAAUCGCCUACAAUCAAAUCCAUCACUGAUGCCCAAUCUGCCAGGCAUUUCAAAUGCCAAAUCACAGGCGAGGGACUUUGGCAUAUAUGAUACGCAAAAGAAUCGCACAAGCUCAAUGGCGCAUCCACAACUUCAUCAUCCACUUUCGGCGGAAUUAUCAGCACUCGAUAAUAGCGCUGCAAGUUCAAAUGCAAAUAGUGUUCUCUCGAAUUUAGCCCCUUACAAGCAAAUGCUUGAAAACCCGUUGGCAAGUCUAUUAAAUUAUUCUGCCCAGAACUAUCCUGGUCAAGCCGAAACUUUACAUGCCAAUUUAAAGGCAGGUCUUAAUCCAUUUCCCAGCACCCUUUAUCCAGAAAAAGUAUUGGAUGCAGUUGAGAGUUUGAACGCGAAAGAUAAAACGACAACUAAAUCAAAAUCAUCCAGUGAUUCAAAUAAUGCACAAAAAAUCGUCAGUUCGGUCGAUCUGACGAUGCCGGCGCAAGUCAAUAUCCCUGUUAAUGCUAGCCCAUUUGCCAAAAACCAACUUCCGCUAAAGAAAGCACAUCAAACACAACCAGCAGGUUCGGUUGAUCUCACGACAACGACACCCGUUCCGAUGUCCUUGAAAAAAUUGCCAGCCUUGCCCGUCAAUGAGAUUUCGAAAAAUGCAAAGGCUGCGAAUAUAAAUUUCGGCUCGGUAUAUCCAAGUGGCAAGGAUUUUCUGAAAAGUAAUUCUGAAAUGCAAAUUAUACCGACAACUAGCCCUCCGGGUACAAUAAGUAUUACGAAGCAGCUUAAUGAAAUGUCUCCAAGUAUUUCGCUAACUGCUCUAAACACAACCGAAAAAGCCAAACCUGAAACACAAAAAAACAUUUCUUUAACUUCAGGCACAGAAAAUAGGCAGAAUACAAAAAUGUUUAACUUGAGCUCAGGCACAAAGAACGUAUCAGCUGCAGCUAAAGCGGAACUGGCUAAGAAAUCUACAGGAUCUGAGUUUGCAGGGGUCAGCAAGUUAAUGACUACGCCUCAGAUUCUAGGUAAGAAUUCCAUGUCAGAAUCAGGCCAUAAAGCCAAACAAACAAACGCAGUGCAAAAUAUUACGGCGAAACAAAGUACGCAUGACGGAGGAAAUGGUCAAUUGCCAAUAGAUGUAAAUUUGCAGGGGGAAAAAGAACGCAAUUUCGCACGAAAGAGAGCAUCUGGCGGUCCAAGAGAUAAUUCAAAUAAACGCACUAAAUUAUGAAAUUCAUAAUUCAGUUUGUUGGAACGUCAAUCAGCAAACGGAAGAACAAUUGAACAAUUGAAAAAUAAUUUAAUUCCCUGUGAUUACUAGAAAUUAUGCAUCUGAGAGUACAUAUCUAUUUUAACUUAGGCUCAAGCAUCUUUGUCAUCGAGUUGUGAGGUCUGCAUUUGUCCAUUAGCAUUUUUGGCUCAAUAAUGGAUGUCAGCGAUUAUUUUUAAGUGAAUAAAAUGUAUGGGUCUAAAACGGAAUGUUUCUGUCUCAAUCCUUAAAAGUGUUAAUUCCAAUUUGAAUGUUGAGAUUUUGCUGGCGUUGUAAAUUGCAUGUUUUUAUUUUAGUUGCAAUAAAUUAUACAUACAUAUGAUGAAAUAAA